AUGUACUGGGUGUGGCUACUAUGGGCUCUGGCAGCCUGUGCUGUGGAGAAGAAGCCUGAAUCAGUGCAAACUUCAACUUCACUUUCUCAAACCCCCUCAAUCGCGUCAUCUAUUGCAUCUUCUUCGAUACUGCUUAACCAGACGAACAAUGCAGAGGCAAGCAUAGAGAUUCCUGGCAUUGAUAUAGAGGAUCAAGUGAAUGGGAACUACUCAGAUGAUUGCCAUUUCCUUUCUUUCGAGGAAUGGAAGAAGCAGAAGGAACAGGAAGCCAAGGAACGUGGCUCAGAAUCCUCACAAGUGCAAUCGUCAUCUACAACGCUGAGCGUGGGAAACGCGUUAGAGACACUUAAAGACGGUAUUGCGUCUCUGGAACUCCUCGAUGUUGAUGUAAUGGAAGACCCAGGAAAAACUUAUAAAGAUAAGUUUAACUAUGCAUCAGGAGAUUGUGCUGCUACGGUAGUCAAGACUAAUAGUGAUGCCAAGGGAGCUUCUGCUAUAUUAAGUGAAGUGAAAGACUCUUACCUCCUCAACAAAUGUGCAACUCCAAACAAGUUUGUGGUGAUUGAACUAUGUCAGGACAUUCUCGUUAGUUCAAUUGUCAUGGCAAAUUUUGAGCUCUUCAGUUCCAUGUUCCGGAGGGUUCGUUUCUCGGUGUCCGACCAGUUUCCUUCUACUAGUUGGCAGACAUUAGGUGAGAUCGAAGCACACAAUAUCCGAGACAUUCAGGUUUUUGACAUCGAAAACCCUCUCAUAUGGGCUCGUUACUUGAAGAUUGAUAUAUUGAGCCAUUAUGGUGACGAGUUUUAUUGUCCAAUCUCCGUGGUCAGAGUGCAUGGCACCACAAUGAUGGAAGAAGUCAAGAAGGAUAACCCCAAGGCGCUGGAGCCGGUCUCUCAGCCUGAGGUAACUCCUGUGAAUGUACUCUUUGAGUACACUGACGAUGAUGAAGGAUGCAAAGCGCUUUCACCGUACCUUGCACUUAAUGAAUUCUUGAAAGACAUAAAUAACGGCACCGGAGAGUUCUGUGAUGUGCCCGUCAACACAUCAUCUACGGUGAUGGAAUCUACAUCAACAGCAAAAACGACUCAGGAGUCGAUUUUCAAGAACAUUGUCAAGAGGCUUUCACUUCUUGAGUCCAACGCUACGCUCUCUCUUCUCUACAUUGAAGAACAAAGCAAGCUACUUUCUGAUGCAUUUGCAAAUCUUGAAAAGAGACACGCUCUCAAGCUAAACAAUUUGCUUCUGAAAUUCAAUCAUACGGUCAACGCACAAGUGCAUCAUCUCCAGAGUUCGUUCGAGCUCACUCAUCAACAAUCAAACACCCUCUUGGAGAGACAAGAGCAGGCGCUUCGAAACGUUCUUGGUGACUUAUCACGCCGAAACUCGGCCUUAGCAUCGGAUCUAAGCUUUCAAAGAAAAAUUAUCAUAGUUGACACUUUGCUAAUAUUAGUUCUUCUCGUCUAUGUCAUAAUCAUCAGAGAGUUUGAACUAGGGGAAGAACAAUCCAGGCCCAGGUAUACCAAGCGAAAGCUGUGGCCUCGGAAGAAAAGAGCGUUUAAGGUUCCAUCUAAGAAAGCGUUCAGUCAUCCGCAAAUGUCCUAA